AUGUCCAAGAUCAGGUCCUACACACCCUCCUGGCUUAGCAGGCCAGCGCCUGGCCAUAACCUCUUCCAGGCAUCCCAGGAAGACAUCAAUGCGUCAGCCUCCUCGAGGAGGAAGAUGAGGCCAGGUCCCCGCCGCACAAUCGCUCGACGAGGAACAGAGGUCUUCGUUGCCGUCAACCGAGAGAUACGAUGGGGGGAUUUGGUCUAUCUGAAAGAGUCUUGGGCAGAAAAGCCGGCCAGCACGCGGAUCAAGAGGGAGGAUUCGAACGGCAACUUCUCAGUUUACGAUCAGGUCCAGGCCAGCGUGGAGGGCAGCGAUGGGCAGAGUGCUGAUGGCUAUCGGAUCAUCAAGACGCCUGUCGCCGACGAGAUACGGCAGCUCGUGAUGUCGCCCAACUCCGAAUACCUCGCCAUCCUCACGACACACACUGUUCACAUCUGCGCCCUUCCCAAAUCCUCUCUGCUCACAGACUCGGAGCCCUUGAAGCCACGCUUCUUUACUCUCGGACCGACCACACACAUCACUAUGAAAUCCGCAGUUAUGUCAGCGGUCUGGCAUCCCUUAGGCGUCCAAGGCACGUCACUGGUCACGGUCACGGAGGACGCUGUGGUGAGACUGUGGGAAAUAUCAACGUCAGACAGGUGGUCAUUCGAUGCGCCCACACUGGCCAUCGACUUGAAAAAGUUGGCAGAUGGUACAGCGGUGGACCAAGAUUUCUCCGUAUCUACAACCACGAACCGAGGGUUUUCGGCCGACACAUUCGACAUGGAGGUUGCUGCGGCCUCGUUUGCCGUCCGAGGCUCUGGGCUGUGGUCAUCUAUGACUUUAUACAUUGCCAUGAGGGGAGGCGAUGUCUACGCGCUUUGUCCGCUGCUUCCCCAGCUGUGGGCACCCCCGCCGACUCUCAUCCCUUCCCUGUCUGUCUCCAUUGUGGCCAAGGUCGCAGCGAUCGAGGACGACCCGAAUUUCUCUCCACAGGACAGGCUCCUUGCGCAGCAGCAACUCGAGUGGAUGUCAGAUCUCGACAGCCAGGAGCCGAGAAUUAUCCAGGAGACCCUUGCCGACCAGCCAAUUGAGGUGUACCAGCGACCUACUCAUCCAGGCCUGAUCCCGAGACUACAAGGGCCGUUCGAUCUCGAGUCAGCCCCCGAGGAGGACGAGCAAGACGAACUGGACAUCGAAGUCUCGGACAUCUAUGUGAUAGGCAGGAAGAUGGAGACCGAUGAGCUGAUGGGCGAGGAGGACGAGGUUCUGGAACUUGACGACGAGGAACAGCAGGGGCUGUCACUGACCGUCAUCUGUCUGUUAUCUACGAGCGGCCAGGUGAGGAUAUGUCUGGACAUGGAAGGCGUGGAAGCGAGGUGGCUGCCACCUAGGCUCAAGGGCAAGGCGGCCACGCUGUCCAAUGCCAUCGACUUGCCCUCUCUGCUCACGUUUGAGACCCUCGAUACUGUGCCGCCUUCGGAGGUGACAGAGGACUGUUGGCCUACCUUCAGUGAUGACGCCUUGUCACGGUACUCUUUCUUUAUUACGCACAAUUCCGGCAUUACGCAGGUGUCUCUGGCUCCUUGGGUUUACCGGCUGGAGAGCGAGCUCGAGGCCGAGGCGCCAGCGGGAUCGGAAUUGAGGGUCAAUCUCAUUGCACAAGCGAAUUCAGAAGUCGACAGGAUCUAUGCCGAGCCUGCUUCCGAGUAUGCUUUGGCUGCUUCGGUGGCGAUUCGCGACCCGGACCUCGGUUACUUUCUCCUCUCCGCUACACCAACGGACCCAAUUGCCUUGGUCUUCGAUACACCUGAGGAUGAUUUCCCGCCUAUCAAGACGUCUACUUCUCCGACGCCUUUCCCUGAACCGACCCCAGAUGAGAGAGCUGCCCUGGAGCUCUAUUAUACGCCUCGCCCGGCCUUCCAGCCUCCGACGAUCUUCGAUCAGCCCUCUGACCUACCAAAGCUGCGCCAGGCGAUCCUGACGGGCCCGCAGAGGGCUCUCAUGGGACAAGAAGUUCGCCUUUCGCCCAUGACUCUGAAGAUCUUUUCCAAUGCGCAUCAGAUCUUGAGCACAGAGACCGGGCGACUAAACGAGGCCGUUGCAGAGGUGUUCCGCAGAUGUGAUGUCCUACGGUCAGAAUUGAAGGAUCAAAUCUCCAGGGCCAACGAGCUGAAAACUCGGGUCGAUCACAUCACUGGUGGGAACGGGGAGAAUCCGUCAGAUGACGCCCAAAGCGAGGAGGGCACUACGGACGCGAAAGCAGGGAAGGGCCAGUCUCAGUCGAGCUCGAGACGCCUCGAUGAGAUCAGGAGACUCAAGGAGGAGUUGACCAAGCAGGUGGCAGAGGUACAGGGCAAAGAUGUCUCGGGGGAUGGGGGCUCCGAGAAGAGCCUCAGCGCGUCUGUCUCGAGUCUCAAGAUUCCUGCAGAGAUAAGGAAGGCAAAGGUGACGCAAGUCAUGCACUUACUGGACCGGGAGAAUGAGCUUGUCGACGCCCUCCAAGGGAGACUGGAGCGUCUGGCUGUCGGUUGA